AUGGUUGAGCGUUUCCAUCGCCAGCUAAAGACGGCCCUGCGUGCCGUAGAAGACCCAGGAAACUGGUCGGACAACCUUCCUCUUGCACUCCUCGGCAUCCGCGCAGCUCUGAAGUCGGAUCUGGGCUGUAGCGCAGCGGAAUUGGUUUUCGGCACUACCCUCCGACUGCCAGGCGAAAUGGUCGCCCCAACCUCUCGUGGGGCCGAAGAGACUCCUGACAACCUUGUGCGCCGUUUGCGACAAUUUAUGCGCUCGCUAUCCACAGUUUCACCUCGAACUCCAAUGAUUGAGUCUUAUGUCGAAAAAGACUUGGACAACUGCACUCACGUGUUCGUCCGGUGCGACCUUGUGCGCCAGCCGCUGGAAUCACCAUAA